GUGACGCAGUUCAGAGGGAAUUUUACCACCAGCACUGAUUUCUGCAGCUAUGGAGUCCAUUGCCGAACGAGCAGGACGAGCUACUGAUUACGCUCCAAGUAAGAUGCCGGGAUCAUCUGCAAACCCCACGCCUCCUUGUUACCACCAGCACUGCCCGUUCCGGCGGCUCAGAAAGUUGAUCGCCGGUGGCUCUUCUGGUCCCACGGCCGUCCAUCCGAUCGCGGACGCUGCUUCUCUAUGCCUCGGCCACUUUCUUUUUGUUCUGCUAUCUGUCCCUGCUGCUAAACAGAGAUUGAAGGACAUUUGGUGCGAAAGAGUCCUCUCCUGCAACGGAAUCGUGUUUCUUCGGUUAUCAAGAGACGCCUUUUCAUCCACAUGGUCAUCUUCUUUCCAUUUUUCUGAUGGAAGAGAAGGUAGAACUGAUGGCAGACCGUCUCCUGAAGCAUCUCGAAGAGGGCCCUCCUAUGCUAGACGUAUGACAGACGUGGUUCUUGACAUCAAUACCUUAGUAUAUUUUGGACAAGUCGCAAUGCGGUGGCAACUGCUCUCUUGGGGAGCUAAGGUUAACCAUCUCAUCAACAAGGGAAAAUGGUGGAGGCUGGCCACAUCAAAUUUCUUACACGUGAACAUCGCGCACCUCCUGCUUAGUUCCUUGAGUCUAGAUGCCAUUGGUCACAAGGUGGAAGCAGUUGCUGGCCCGGAAAAUUUUCUAACGGUUUACGCCACAUCUGCAAUCGCAAGUCAAGCGAUGAGUUAUAGGUUGAGCAAAGCGUUUUCCGUAGGUGCUUCUGGACCAGUUUGCGGACUGGUUGGUUACCUGGCUGUUUACUUCUUGAGGCAUGGAGGCCCGACCGGAGAUGCCGACAAAGUUCUGAGCUUCAUAGCAACAAUGAUUAUCUUUAACAUGGUCGUUGGGCUCUCGGCUAAACGUAUUGAUAUCUGGGGACAGGUAGGAGGAUUUCUCGGCGGGGCAGCCACAUCGUGGCUCCUUGAUCCCUUUGGGAAGCUGGAGUAUCGGUCUAGCGAUGGUUGGAAGAUCGCCACCGACAUCAAAGGGAGAGAGAAGAGCCGGGGCAGCGGUACGUGA